AUGCCCACAGAGAUUAAAAUGAUUAUUAAAAAUGGAGAAGGAGAAUCAAAAAUAAUUGGAAAAGCAAUCACUUUACCAACUCCAAAAAUUUUCCCACAACCAUUUUUUAUACGUUUAUCUGAAUAUACAUCAGAAGGUAAUCUUUGGGAUAAUGAAAAUUUUGAAUUCAAUUCUGGAAAGGUUGAAUGCAAUGGAGAAGAUUAUGAUCUUGCCCCAUCAACUUGUUCAUUGGCCAAAUUUGAUGAAGAUGAUGGUUCAAAAAAAUUGAUAUAA